AUGGCCCAGCGGAGAGGUGCUGAGUUCCCGUUAGAGAUAUCCUGGAUCCAGCUCUCAUCACAGACUUCCACUGCCGACAUCCCGGUCAACCAGACAAUCACGAAGUAUAAAAGGAAAACCAGCCACGUCUCGGACACUGACAUCUUGCUUCCGGACAGACUGAACACCUCCUUCGCUGGCUUUGAGGACAAUACAGUGCCACUGACGCGGCUCGCUAUCAAGGACUGUUGGCUCUCCUUUUCCGUGGCCGACGUGAGUAAGACAUUUAAGCGUGUUAACCCUCGCAAGGCUGCCGGCCCAGAUGCCUGCAGGGUGGACUUAAGGAAACAGCAGAGGGAGCCCCCCCCCCCCCCCCAUAUCCACAUCGAUGGGACCGCAGUGGAGAAGGUGGAAAGCUUCUCCGCAUUGGAGAAGUUCCUCGGCAUACACAUCGCUGACAAACUGAAAUGGUCCAUCCACACAGACAGUGUGGUGAAGACGGUGCAACAGCGCCUCUUCAACCUCAGGAGGCUAAAGAAUUGUGGAUUAAAACACCUAAAACCCUCACAAACUUUUACAGAUGCCCAAUUGAGAGCAUCCUGUAUCACCGCCUGGUACGGCAACUGCACCGCCCACAACCCCAAAGCUCUGCAGAGGGUGGUGCGGUCUGCCCAACGUAUUACCACAAACCUCCCCUGCCCUCGACCUGGCUUGCUGCUCUCCCUCGCAAGCAGCAUGUCCUCAGCAGCCUGUGUUUCAGAGAACCCAAGGCAAAGCAUUUUCACGCCAGGACGCUACCCAGACAUACCCAUGUCUCCAACUGCCCUCUCUAAAGGCGACACACUGAGUUGCCAGGAUGGGCUCUUCACUAAACUUGCUAGCCAAUCGGCGGAGUCCUCCAGCGUGACAUCAGGGUCAUGUGACCUGAGCAGGCAGAUCGUGUCCCAGUUGGAGUGCUACCUGUCCAAUGAACACCUGGCAGAGGAUGGCUUCCUGCUCAAACACGUCCAGAGGAACAGGAUGGGAUACGUCAGCCUCAAGCUGCUCACCUCCUUCAAAAAGAUGAAGGAGCUGACGAGAGACUGGCGCACCACCCUGGCCGCAGCGCUGUGCUCUGAUUCGCUGGAGGUCAACAGGGAAGGGACCAAAGUGAGGCGCAGAGAGCCACUGCCUGAUUGGCUGUUGAGUGCCCCUAACAGCAAGCUGCUACUAGCCUGGAACCUGUUUGGGGAAAACACAGGAAGUGACAUCUCUACCCUCAGCAGCUUGGACCAACAGGUAGUCCUAGAGAAAGCUCUGAAGCUGUUCAGUGCCCAUGCUGCCGUGGCCUCGCUGCGUAUCCUCCGUCCUGGGAAAGAGCUUCCUGUGGAGCUGAGACGCCAUGCCAGGAGGCAUGCCGAGCUGGGCCGCAGGACGUGUGCUGUGGUGGAGUUUGAGACCCUGGAGGGGGCCAGGUUGGCCUACCGAGCCCUGCAGAGAGGAGGAGCAGAGGGGGCCGUGGUUUGUGUCGUCAGCCUGGGCAGCCCUGGCACGCGCUCACCCCCCUCCUCCUCGUCCCACCCCACCAACCGGCAGGCGGAGAAGGAGGGUGAGGAGGACCCCAAGCCAGAUGGAGGCCCCGAGGUGACUAAGGUGUCCCAGAAAAAUCCCAAGGUGAAAUCGAGAUGUUUCACCAACAGCUCCCUGAAGGAUCCAGUCCCGUCUAGAUGUUUCAUAAACGACUCUAUGAAGGAUCCGAAACUACUGAAGAGCUUAGAGUCUGACCCUGCCCAGGCCAUAGUCCCAACCCUGGGUUCAGCCCCAGCCAGGCUUUCAUGUAGAAGGAUCCAGCGCCAUAAGUCCCUGGACAGCCCCCUGGGCCAGGAGGGUCAUUGCCAAACAUCACAAAGGGAUAGGCCCUCCUCCUCAGAUAGCCAUGCGUCCCGCGUCCCCCUGGUCCUGUCUAAGCUCCGGGACUCAAGGUCUGGAGGUGUGGGAAGGAGCAGGUGCUCUGGGGACCAUGCACAGGAGAAGGUGGCCUGCCCCUGGGUGCAGCGCCAGAAGGUGGCUACUAGCGCGGCCCUACUCCACCCGGAAACCCCGGGCAAGCUGCGGAGACAGACUCUGCCCCUGAGGGUGGUGCGUCUGCCCCAAGGACCCUACGGGACCAAGGGCUUCUAUGGAGGCAGGGGGAGAGGGAAGCAAACUCAGCAGCAGUAAUCUGUCUGUCUAUUGAACAACAAACCUCUUCUGGGUGACACCCUGUCUGUCCCUUUAAAUGUUUCGACUGAUGAAAUUAAACAUAUUGUAGUGACGAUUGUUGCCAUGAUAACUCGAAAUGAAAGAGAAAUAAAACAUUUUUCAUAUUAAACACA